UAACCACUUAAAAGAGCUGUUGGUUGGUGUUUUUCCUUUUGUUGUGGGACGAGGGAAUUCUCAUUCCCCUCUGAGACUCUCAUUCUGAUGGGAUGAACACAUUACUCAUUUGCUCAUUAGGUGUCCUGUAACCUCCCCAUCCACACCCCCCACACACCACACCCCCACCACACGACUGGUUUCUAUUUAAAUACCAGACCCGGAGGGAGCCAGAGGGAAACACCUGAGCAAUUCGAGGGCAGGAAGCAUUUCAAAGAACAGAAAGAAAAAGAAAGAAAGAAGACAUGUGGCUUUUGGUAGCGCAAGGCUGUUGCUUUUUCCCAGGGCUGUUCAGUCUCACCCGCAGGUUUCUGCAGAAGACAUACCCGCACUUGACAGACGCCGACACAGCUGUCAUCAGCACCAGAGUGGUCUCUGCUGUUCAAGCUGUGAUGGCGGUGGUCUCAGGGAUCCUUAUCACAUCUUCCUGCAAUGACGUCUUGCGAGACAGCCAUUGGAUUUCUAGAGACUAUAUACUGUUCGGCUCACCGUACAUGGCUUAUGAUUUAUUUGCCAUGUACCUUUGCUACUGGUACAAGCACAGAGGGGAACGUCACGGCAACCGGUGUGGACAUUGGUUCGGCUUACUGGGCGGCUUCCUGAGCAAAAAUAUCCUGAUCGUGUUGCACCAUCUUUUACUGUUGCUUGUCUGCUUCCCUAUUACUGUGUUCUACAGGAAAAACCUGGGCGAUUUCUUCCUGGGAUGUCUGCUGAUGGCAGAGCUGAGCACUCCCUUUCUAUCUUUCGGCAAAAUCCUUCAUCAGUUUGGAAAGCAGAGGACGAGGCUGUACAAGGUGAAUGCUGUCAUCGCCUUGGUGACCUUCUUCGUGUGCCGCAUUCUCCUGUUCCCUUACAUGUACUGGGCCUUCGGACAGCAGUUUGGCAUUGCUGUCCACAGGGUACCUUUCCACAUCCCUCUGCACUGCAGCCUGGCAAACCUCAUGCUGAUGGCACCUCAGGUUUACUGGUUCUACCUGCUCUUGAAAACGGUGUUGAAGAACAAGACAAAGGUCUGAAGAAGCCAACCAGCCCCUCCUCCUCCUCCUCACUGAUUCCUACAACAACAUAACUACAACAACAUAACUACAUUCUUUCACCUUAGAAAGACGUCUCAAGAUGCUGGACAUUUAAGAAUUUGCACUCAA